AUGAGUUAUACGAGAAUUCCUCCGAAUGGAGCUGGCGAUGCCACCGGAAUUGCCCUACUUUUCUUCAGUAUAUUUUCCCUCAUCUUGGCUGCUAUUGCGAUCGCUCUUCGUGUGUGGGUGCGAGGGAUGAAAGGCACCCCUUUGGCCCUUCAAGACUGGCUAUUAUUUCUAGGCUGGUUCUUUUCCCUCGGCCUGACUAUCACAAUUAUCAUCUUCGUCGGAUUUGGUGGACUCGGUCAACACCAAAAACAUGUUUCAACCGACAGUGUCAUUCUAACGCUUCAGCUCCUUCCCGCAGCUGAAUCGCUCUGGACCAUGGCGAACACUGCGACAAAAGUCUCGAUUCUCUUGGUGUAUAAAAAUAUAUUCGCACUGAGAAAAUUUCGGAUUCUUGCAGAUACAGUCAUAGUGAUAGUCAUAAUGCUUGCUGUGGGAAACAUUAUUCAGUGUCUUGCUAUUUGCCGGCCUUUCGCUUUUCAGUGGGACAAGACAAUUGAGGGUGGCGUCUGUGGAAAUCAAACCCUCGGCAUUCUACUUGUAGCCUUUCUCAACCUGGUUACGGAUUUGAUGAUUGUCAUUAUGCCCAUGCCAUUGGUAUGGAAGUUAAAGAUGCCUAGGCCAAAGAGGCUAGUUUUGAUGGCCAUAUUUGGCCUUGGUAUAAUAAUUUGUGUGAUAACGAUCCUUCGCAUCGUUUUUACAUUUUCUCUUAUCCAAAACCCCCACGACUCGACUUACUGGAUCGCUAUCAACGCAAUAUUCCUCACCUUGGAGCCCAACCUAGGCAUGGUAAACGCAUGCCUACUACUCCUUAAGCCUCUUUUGCAUCGCCUCCGACCUAAGCUCGGCUGGGCUUCGCAUACUCAAAGUUCACAGGAUUACCCACUCGGUUCCCACACUCGUGACCGUCCGAGUAAACUCCUUCCUGUAAAAUAUCAUGCCAGGCACACGGAUGGCGCCCAUAAAUUCACAAGGCUAGGAGACAAUCACCACGGACUAGAGGGUGCCGCGCUUGACUUCGUCCCGGAUGGGAACGUAAAUGGCAUCGAAAACCUUGCAUUCGCCAAGCAGACAAAGGAGGAAACUGUGGGGCAGUCUCUACCGGCGAAGGGUAUCACGGUUACGAAAACGAUAAAUGUGGAGUCGUAUAUGAAUAGUUGA